AUGAGUUUGCCACGUGGCGAGGAGGAAAUCGAGACAAUCGGGAAUGUUUCGUAUCCAGAAGUGGAGCCGGCGGCAGGAAAUUUGAUUUUUGACGCGAGUUUUGAGUCAGGUGAGCGGGUACAGUAAUCCGAACUGCAAAAACAGAGGAAUUUUUGAAUUUCUAAAAUUAUGGUAAAGAAGCUUAUUAUUAGACUACCUACAGUAACCCGAGCUACAGUACUCCGAACUGCAAAAAUGGGGGAAUUUCCGAUGUUCUAAAAUUAUGGUUCUACCUAAUCCUACAGUAACCCGAGCUACAGUAGUCCGAACUGCAAAACAAUUGUUAUCUGGGUUUCAGAUUUCAGAUAUCAAAACCUACAGUAACCCGAAAAACAACAUUUUUUUAAAAAAACUAUUAUAUCUACAGUAAUCCAAACUGCAAAUUUGAGCCAAAAAUUGCAUUUUGAAUCAAUUUUUGGAAAAAUUCAAUAGAGUAACUCUUGUACCUACAGUACUUUUACAGUAUCUACUACAGUAAAAAAUCCCGCGACCUACAGUAAUCCGAACUGCAAAAACAAAAUUGUUUUUCGAAAAAUUGUUGAAUGUUGGAAUAAAAAAAUUCACCUACAGUAAUCAGAACUGCAAAAAAAAUGGUCCUUUGGUUUCAGAUUGUGAAACCUACAGUAAUCCGAACUUAGAAAUGUUAGAAUAAAAAAGUUACCCACCGUAAUCUAUAUAUACAGUACUCCGAACUGCAAAACAUUUUUCCAGGAAACCUCGGCCGCGCCGACAAAAUCAGUCAAUCCGAAUACGAUUUAUUCAUUCGCCCCGACACUUUGGGUGAAAAAUAUCGAGUGUGGUUUUAUUUUGAGACAAAAAAUGCGACAGAAAAUCAGCGAGUCAUAUUUAACAUCGUCAAUUUUUCGAAGCAGCGAACACUUUUUGAGAUGGGAAUUGCGGCACCGGUUGUGAAAUCUGCGGAGAAUAAUAAUUGGUGGGUUGGGGGUUGUCAAACGAUGCUCCGCAAUUACGAGUGGGCUUAAAUUGCCCUUUUAAUAAGCCCUUAGGAAGCCUCCAGAAGCUGUUAGACGCCUUUUUUAUUUUCCAAAUGUUUUUUCGCUGCAGGACCCGCAUUCCAUCUCGCCAUAUUUAUUACUACCGUAGCACACAACACUCGGAUCGUUGGAUUCUUUCAUUCGCCUUCAUUUUCGAAUCACCUGAUCCUGUCCAAUUUGCCUACUGUAUACCGUACACUUAUGGAUAUAUGCAAAAAUGGUUGGGCGAAUUGGAGGCCAGAAAAUACACGUUUUUCAGCAGGGAUUUGUUGGCGAUGAGUGUGGUGAGCGGGGUUUUUGGGCCGGCCCAGUUUGAACCGGGCCCAAACAUGUAUCUUUUGGUUCAGACCCGAAGCCGUUUGAGCUUGAAACCAAAAAAACCGGCCCGGUUUGGAAGCCUAGUGAGAAUAGUUAGGCCACUAGGCUUUUUCAAAUUUGGAAAAUUGUUCCAUGUGGAUUUUCGGGCUGCAAAGUUUUCUACGUGGAUUUUUGAGCUCCGAUUUUUGCCACGUGGAAUUUUGAGCUCCCAAAAAAUUCCCACGUGGAUAAGGAUUUUGAGCUCAGAAUUUUUCCACGUGGGUUUUUGAGCUCUAAACUUUUUUGAAAACAAUUUAUUGAAAUUUUGUGAGGUUUUUUUCCACGUGGAUUCUACUAUAAUUUCAGAAGUUAUGUGCCACGUGGAUUUUUGGGCUCUGAAUUUUGUCACGUGUAUUUUUGAGCUAAAAAAUUUUCCAUAUGGAUAAGGAUUUUUCUGAGCUCUGACUCUGACACGUGGAUUUUUGAGAUUCCAAAAUUUUUAACGUGGAUUUUAAGGAAAUUUUUUAUCUCCAAUUUUACACCUGUAUUUUUGAGCUCCAAAUUUCCCUCACGCCUUUUUCACUCUACAAACAUUUUCAGCAAAAGCGUCGUCUCGAUCUUCUCACCAUCGACGGCUCCACCGAUCCCCUCACCAACUCGGGCGCCAAGAAAAUGAUCUUCCUAACCGCCCGAAUUCAUCCCGGCGAAACGCCAAGCAGUCACGUCAUGCACGGUAUCAUCGAAUUUCUGGUGUCGAAAGAUGAGCGAGCUCAAAAAUUGCGAAAAGUCUACUGUUUCAAGCUUAUCCCGAUGUUGAAUCCCGACGGUGUUUACCAUGGGAACUAUAGAUGUUCACUGGUGGGACAUGAUUUGAAUCGAAUGUGGCGACAACCUUCUGAAUGGGCGCAUCCCACAAUCUUCGCCGUCAAGAAUCUGCUUCAACAAUACGACGCGAAUCCGAUGGCGAACCCCGUAAUCUACAUAGAUCUUCACGCACAUUCGCAAAAACCAAAUUGUUUUCUGUACGGAAAUGUGAGUGCCAACUCUGGUGAUCGGCAAUUGUGGUUGCCUCAAUUACUGUCGGAAAUCGCCGAAGAUUAUUCGCUCGAGUUCACGCAAUUCAACACUGAUGUUGAGAAGGCGGGUACUGGGAGAAGAACGAUGGGAGAGUUGUUGGGAUGUUUGUGUUAUACGAUGGAGGUCUCGUUUUUCUCGUAUCGACAUUUGGAUUCGGCGACGGGGGUUCAACAUUGCACCGCGUAUUUGCAGUAUAAAUGUGAGGAAAACUUAAGCCUAACCUAAGCCUAACCUAAGCCUAGCCUGACCUAAGCCUAGCCUAAACAUAAGCCUAACCUAAGCCUAGCCUAAGCCUAGCCUAGCCUAAGCCUAAGCCUAAGCCUAGCCUAAGCCUAGCCUAACCUAAGUUGAAUUUAUAAAAUAGGCUAAAAUUGGAAGCUUAAAAAUUCACAUGAAGAUCAGAAAUCCUUUUAGAAUCCACGUGGGAAAAAAAGUUCACAUAAUUCGGAAAAUCGAAAAAAUAUUUUUGUUUUCAAAAAAGUUUAGAGGUCAAAAAUCCACGUGGCAAUAUUUUGAAGCUCAAAAUGCCACGUGGAAAAUUUUCGAGCUCAAAAUCCACGUGGCAUAUUUUGGAGCUCAAAACCCUUAUUCACGUGGCAGAUCUGGAGCUCAAAAAAAUCCUCAUCCACAUGGAAACAUUUUUGAGCUCAAAAUCCACGUUGCAGAUCUGGAGCUCAAAACCCUUAUUCACGUGGCAAACUCUAAUGAGUCCGAAAAUCCACGUGGAAGAUCUGGAGCUCAGAAAAAUCCUUAUCCACAUGGAAAAAUUUUUGAGCUCAAAAUCCACGUGGCAGAAAAAUUGAAAAAUGCUCCUGAUCAAAUGUUUCGAAUCUGAAAGUUUUCAAAAAAAAUCUGAAAGUUUUCAAAAACAUCAAAAAGUUUAGGCUUAGGCUAAGCCUAUUUUACAAAUUUUAGAAUCAUUCACACGAAUUCUAUUAAAAUUUAAAAAAAAAUUAUUUUUCAACUUACCCUAACUCCCCUCCCCCACCUACUUUUGCUUUUUUCCAGACGAAUCGCUCGGCGAAUCAAUCUGCAAAGCUCUUCUCAACUUCUACGAAGCCGAUUGUGGAAUCCGCGAAAUUCGGCCAACUCGAAGCUUCCGCUCAUUUCUAUCAAAUCGAGCACAGAAAAGUUUGAAACAAGCCAGGCAAAUGAUCAAAACUGUUAAGAAUAUUUCAAUUGAUCGGUCGUGA